CGCUACUGACCAAUCUGCCCGGCCCUCGAGUGCACCAUGUCUGGUUCCUCCAGCAUCACCGCUAUGAAGAAAGUGGUUCAACAGCUCCGGUUGGAGGCUGGGCCCAACCCAGUUUCCCAGGCAGUUGCAGAUCUGAAACAAUUCUGUCUGCAGAAUUCUCAACAUGACCCCCUGCUGACUGGAGUAUCUUCAAGUACCAAUCCCUUCAGACCCCAGAAAGUUUGUUCCUUUUUGUAGUAAAAGGAAUUUUGAAGGUGUUCUAAACCACUUUUCUUGAAGCAGUGAAUAUU